UCUUUUAUAUUUCAAUUGAAUUUAUACAGACACGCAAACGAGUUUAUUUACAAAUAAGAUAGAAAUUUAUUGUUUCUUUUUGUCGCGAAAAAACAAACUGGGAUAAUUUAUGAUUAUACGAUACGUUUCCUCCAAGACUGUUUCUUCCACGAAUUCGUAUGAGGAAACUGAAUAAAUUGAAGGGUCUCGGCAGUGACGCAUUCCGCAUACCAACGACCUCUCCUUUCGCCCACGUACAUAAUUAUAAUAGCAUCAUGCAGACUACUACAGAGUCUCCCAACUGCGAAACGGGAUUUCCUACAUGACAUCAGAUAGCUUGAAUUCCGACGCAGUUCAUGUAAUUUUAAUAAUUCUGGCAAAAUUUAUUUGAAGUUAUUAACAAAUAUCUAUUGUAUGUAACAUAUGAACGUGUAUCAAUUAUUCUGAUUAAUUCAGGCACAUUCUCGCAUCUCAAAUUCUAUUCAGUAUGAAAUAAAAUUUCUAGUAAUUUUUAAAACACGCAAGUUUUUGCAAAAACGAGUAAGCUUGCAAAUUUGAAUGAGUAUUAAUAUUAUACCUCGCUUUAUAAUCUGUUUGUGAUAAGAGCGAUUCUGUGAAAUUCUUAUCAUUGACUAGAAAUGGUUAUCGGUGAAGUGCAAAAGCAUGUUUGAAAGCAACGAUGGAUCAAGAACAUAGCGCAAAUUAUGAAGAUCGUAUUGAAGUAUUAAUAUUAUAUCACAAAAGCUUAAAAUGUAGUUUUGUCAAAUUUGAAAGAAGAUAACCAAAGCUCUGCAUGUUUUAGUUCGUAAUCGCUUUAAUGACAAAAGAUUACGAGAAGGCUCGUGACAUUGGAAGUCAAUUGUUAAAGCGAAACCGGAAUGACGUAGAUAUUACCCGUGCUCUUAAUAUUCUGAAGAACAAAAGUCAGUGUGGAAUUUUUCUCUCAUUUUGCAUUCCAUUUCCCAUUCAAAUAUAUUCUAUAGUAUUCUAUUUUAUGUUAACAGAACACGAAGAAUGCGAAAGGUCAAGUUUAAUUGAAUCUAAAUGUGAAGGAAGUGACGCGACCGAUGGCAAUGAUACUGAUUUUAUAGGCGGCAGUGCGGAUAUUCACAUCGAUCCAGAAAUGGCAAGUAAAAUCGCGUCAUGCGACAUGUCUCGAUUGAGUAAUGAAGCUAAGAACCAUCUCGCCAAGACUCUCGACCAGAAAAUGCACAGAGUAAUACCAAUAAAAAUGAGUAAAGUUACGCAUAUAAAGGAUUUGACGAAACGUUAAAAAUCUGCCUUAUAUACUAAAGGUUUAUAAUUGCAAGAACAUAAAAUACAUGAGUAAUGUAAACAAUAUAAAUAAAAU